AGGACUGUCUCUGAACUCCAAGGCAAGAUGUCUGACAUGGAGGAUGACUUCAUGUGCGAUGAUGAAGAAGAUUAUGACCUGGAAUACUCAGAAGACAGCAACUCUGAACCCAAUGUGGAUCUGGAAAAUCAAUACUACAAUUCCAAAGCGUUAAAGGAAGAUGAUCCUAAAGCAGCCUUGAGCAGUUUCCAGAAGGUUUUGGAGCUUGAAGGUGAAAAGGGAGAAUGGGGAUUCAAAGCACUGAAACAGAUGAUUAAAAUCAACUUCAAAUUGACUAACUUCCCAGAAAUGAUGAACAGGUACAAACAGCUGCUCACCUAUAUCCGGAGUGCAGUCACAAGGAAUUACUCGGAGAAAUCCAUUAAUUCUAUCCUUGAUUACAUUUCCACCUCCAAACAGAUGGAUUUACUGCAGGAAUUUUAUGAAACAACCCUUGAGGCGUUGAAAGAUGCCAAAAAUGACAGAUUGUGGUUUAAAACAAACACAAAGCUUGGAAAACUGUAUUUAGAACGGGAGGAAUAUGGAAAGCUUCAGAAGAUACUGCGACAGCUGCACCAGUCCUGUCAGACCGACGAUGGGGAAGAUGACUUGAAGAAAGGCACACAGUUGUUGGAAAUCUAUGCUCUAGAAAUUCAAAUGUAUACCGCACAGAAGAACAACAAGAAACUAAAAGCACUAUAUGAGCAGUCUUUGCACAUCAAGUCUGCCAUCCCCCAUCCGCUAAUCAUGGGUGUCAUCAGAGAAUGUGGAGGGAAGAUGCACUUAAGAGAAGGUGAAUUUGAAAAGGCGCACACAGAUUUCUUUGAAGCUUUCAAAAAUUAUGAUGAAUCAGGGAGCCCCAGACGAACCACUUGUUUGAAAUAUCUGGUCCUAGCGAAUAUGCUGAUGAAGUCUGGAAUAAACCCGUUCGACUCUCAGGAGGCUAAACCAUACAAAAAUGAUCCGGAGAUUCUUGCAAUGACGAAUUUAGUAAGUGCCUACCAAAAUAACGACAUCACAGAAUUUGAAAAAAUUCUGAAAACAAAUCACAGUAACAUCAUGGAUGAUCCCUUCAUAAGGGAACACAUUGAAGAGUUAUUGCGGAACAUCAGAACACAAGUGCUUAUUAAAUUAAUUAAGCCUUACACUAGAAUACAUAUACCUUUUAUUUCUAAGGAGCUGAACAUUGAUGUAGCGGACGUAGAGAGCUUGCUAGUGCAGUGCAUAUUGGACAACACUAUUCAUGGCCGAAUAGAUCAAGUCAACCAACUGCUUGAGCUGGACCAUCAGAAGAGGGGCGGGGCACGAUAUAAUGCUUUAGAUAAAUGGACAAAUCAGCUCAAUUCUCUCAACCAAGCCAUUGUUAGUAAACUGGCUUGAUUUGUGAAAUGUUACAACAAAUAGUACUUAAAGCAACAAGACAGUGAUGUUAACCUUCAAGAACUGGGAAUGGCAAAACUACUGUUGGUUGAUGUGGCCUGAAAAUUGGAGCUUGACAGAAGUGCUUCCUUUGAUCGGCUGGUUUGUGUUUUGCUGCUGAAGUUUCCCAAGACAAACGGCUUUAAUGCCCAGAAGAAAACCAAAAUUCCACAGGAUUUAUGCUGUAUUGACAUCUAGCCCGAUACGAUAUAAUAUUAUUUUAUAAAGGGCAACAAAUGACCAGAAGGAAGACUUUGUCAUGAUUUUAAACACACAUCGACACAUUAUUGUAUUGUAAAAAAAAAAAAAAAAAAAAAAAAAAAAAAAAAAAAUUAAAUGUCAAACAAAAAAAAUUUUACCUGUAAAAGUCCUCUAACAAAAAACAAAUAGGCAUAACCUGCAAUAACUUGAAAUGUAUACCUAGUUUUGAACACUUUUUCCAUGUAUAAAUGGGCAUGUUUGCUGUGUUCUGCAAAAUGUCAGGUCUCAAGCCGUGGUUUUCUGUACCUGCAAUUGUAGUAAAGGUUUAGAAAAUAACUCCCUCAUUUGUGGCACAGCGCCACACAUUCGUUUUCAAGCAGCAAAAUAAAACAGUGCAGCUCA